AUUUAUCCCUCAAAGCACAUGCAUAGAGGGUCGUUGCAUCUAUACGUGAUGUUGGAUAUGAACCACACUAUGGCCUCUCACGCGAUGUUGAUAUCGAGUGCACCAUACCAUGGCCACGAUGCCGCGCCACGCCCUUCCGAUCUUGUCUCUGUUUGUCGUGCCGCACCGUCUGCAACUCACCAGGAACGGCAUGCGAGGUGCUGGUUUCGCAAACUCUCACACAGUCCAGCCCGAACUGAUAUUCCAAAGUAGGGUGACCACCUUGGCCAACAAAGUGACUGGUCACCUAUGUAAGACGACCCAUGGGGCCGGCCCGAGCCAGGGCUAGCGAUUCCAGACACAACCUUUAACAAAAGACCAUACAAAUGGUCGAUCAGGGCUCACAUAUGGCAGCACCCAUCAGCGAUUUUGCC